CUUGUCUGAAUCGAUCCUUAACCGGCUCACCCUUCUACAUAUCCUUUUAUCAACAGUACCAUGAUUGUCUUCUAAACAUGUUGUUCUUUACACGAAGUUUGCCAUUUUCCAUUCACUAUAACGGGGAUCAUGUUUGCCGCUAACAAUGCCUGCAGUACCGCGGUCGACCGUGAACUUCCAUGGCUUCAAUGACAUGGGGGGCAGUCGUUCUCUCCUGCCUCGCCAGAAAGCCCCUAGCUUACGUAGGAAGCGCAGUUGUUCUCGCGAGAUUCAAACCUACCCAGCUCGCUAGUGCAAGAUGGAGAAGUGAAAUUUACACGCAUCUAAGGCUCUCAGAUUGUUUUAGGAGACCAGACAAAACAAUGCUAAGGAGGAGGAAAUGAUGGUGACACUAGUGAACCAAAGCAGUUUCUGGUACUAACUAGCUACGCAAAUUUGAUGAACUAAAACUGAAAUACACCACCAACUCGCUGUCACGUUAGGUCCGUAUGGGGGAAUGAUUCAGCUGGUUAUUAAACGUUUCGGCUAGCUAACCAACCAACCGGCUAGCCAGCGCGGCAUUGUGAAUGAAACAUGCUGUUAAGUGGGUAUUGCCAAAUUACUUAACUGCGCAUCAGAUAGAAGCUAUUGACAAUGAAGGUUGACAGAAGCAAGUUAAAGAAAACCCCCACUGAAGCUCCUGCGGACUGCAGGACGCUCAUAGAGAAGCUUAAGGGAUGCCGCGACGAGCAACUGCUGUUGGAGCUGCAGCACAUCAAGACCUGGAAUAUUGGCAAGUGUGAGCUGUACCACUGGGUGGACCUGCUGGACCGUUUCGAUGGGAUCCUGUGUGACGCGGGCCAGACGGUGGAAAACAUGUCCUGGCUGCUGGUGUGUGACCGGCCGGACAACGGGCAGCUCAAAGCCCUGCUGUUGGCCGUGCUCAACUUCACCGCCCUGCUCAUCGAGUACAGCUUCUCCAGGCACCUUUACAGCUCUAUAGAGCACUUGACCACCCUGUUAGCGUCAUGUGACAUGCAGGUGGUGCUGUCUGUACUGAACCUCCUGUACGUGUUCAGUAAACGCUCCAACUACAUCACCAGACUGGGCUCUGACAAGAGGACCCCUCUGCUGGCACGCCUCCAACAUCUGGCUGAGAGUUGGGGAGGGAAGGAGAAUGGCUUCGGUCUGGCUGAGUGCUGCAGGGACCUGCCUAUGACGAAGUACCCUCCCAGUGCCACCACACUGCACUUUGAGUUCUAUGCUGAACCUGGCCCUGAGGUCAAAGUGGAGAGGAAGACCAGCAGUAACACAUUACACUACAUUCACAUUGAACAGCUCGACAAGAUCUCUGAGAGUCCCAGUGAGAUUAUGGAGUCACUUACGGUGAUGUAUAACAUCCCUAAAGACAAGCAGACUCUGCUGUUCACACACAUCAGACUGGCCCAUGGCUUCUCCAACCACAAGAAGAGAUUGCAGGCCGUGCAGGCCAGGCUCCACGCCAUCUCUAUACUGGUGUACUCCAAUGCACUCCAGGAGUCGGCCAACAGUAUUCUCUACAACGGCUUGAUAGAGGAGCUGGUAGAUGUGCUACAGAUUACAGACAAACAGCUUGUGGACAUAAAGGCAGCGUCUUUACGCACCUUAACAUCCAUAGUGCACCUGGAGAGGACGCCCAAGCUGUCCAACAUCAUCGACUGCACCGGCACAGCCUCUUACCACGGCUUCCUGCCUGUGCUGGUGCGCAACUGCAUACAGGCCAUGAUCGACCCUCUGAUGGAGCCGUACCCGCACCAGUUUGCCACUGCUUUGUUCUCCUUCCUCUACCACCUGGCCAGCUACGACGCUGGGGGGGAGGCCCUGGUCUCCUGUGGGAUGAUGGAAGCCCUGCUCAAGGUGAUCAAGUUCCUGGGGGACGAGCAGGACCAGAUCACGUUUGUCACGCGUGCAGUUCGAGUGGUGGACCUCAUUACCAACCUGGACAUGGCAGCCUUCCAGUCACAUACCGGCCUUACCAUCUUCAUCAGCAGGCUGGAGCAUGAGGUGGACCUGUCUAGAAAAGAGUGUCCUUUUGUCAUCAAGCCAAAGAUCCAGAGACUCAACUCUACCGUGGAAUCUGAGGACAUGGACACGGACGUGGAUGGCCAGUCAGAAAGCUUGUCAGAAGAGCGGAUGGAGAGCAGCCCUGGUCCCUCAACGUCCUCUGGCUCCAGACCUGAGACAGACCACCGAGCGCAGAGCAGCACUGCCAGCACGCCCCGCACAGGACUGCAGUGUAUUCCCCAGAGAGCAGCUCUGCUGAAGUCAAUGCUAAACUUCUUGAAGAAAGCCAUCCAGGACCCUGCCUUCUCUGAUGGCAUCCGUCACGUCAUGGACGGGUCUUUGCCUACCUCACUCAAGCACAUCAUCAGUAAUGCAGAGUACUAUGGACCUUCCCUUUUCCUACUGGCGACGGAGGUGGUGACGGUGUUUGUGUUCCAGGAGCCAUCUCUGCUCUCCUCCCUGCAGGAUAAUGGCUUGACUGACGUCAUGCUGCAUGCCCUGCUAAUCAAAGACUCUCUCUCUCUGCAGGUCCCGGCUACCCGGGAGGUGCUUGGUUCCCUCCCUAACGUGUUCAGUGCCUUGUGCCUGAAUGCGCGAGGCCUGCACUCCUUCGUCCAAUGCCAGCCCUUUGAACGCCUUUUCAAGGUGCUGUUGUCACCUGACUACUUGCCUGCCAUGAGACGACGCCGCAGCUCUGACCCUCUGGGAGAUACAGCGUCCAACCUGGGCAGUGCUGUGGAUGAACUGAUGAGACACCAACCCACUCUGAAGACUGACGCCACUACUGCCAUCAUCAAGUUACUGGAGGAGAUCUGUAACCUGGGCCGAGCCCCAGAGUACAUCUGUCAGAAGCCCUCUAUCCAGAAGACUGAUGGCACCGUCACCGCGCCCCCCGCCCGCUCCUCCCACGCUGCCGAAGAGGCUUCCAGCGAAGAUGAGGAGGAAGAGGAGGCGCUCCAUACCUUCACCCAGCAGCAGGGGGAACCAGAGAACAACAGACAGUCAGUGCCAGUUGAACUGGUUGUUGGCACUGAAGAGAGGAUACCGAUUCCUCUGAUGGAUUACAUUCUGAAUGUGAUGAAGUUUGUGGAGUCGAUCCUUAGUAACAACACGACAGACGACCACUGUCAGGAGUUUGUCAACCAGAAGGGUCUCCUGCCCCUGGUCUCCAUCCUGGGUCUACCCAACCUGCCCAUCGACUUCCCCACAUCAGCUGCCUGCCAGGCUGUAGCCGGGGUCUGCAAGUCCAUACUGACGCUGUCCCAUGAACCCAAGGUGCUCCAGGAGGGGCUGUGUCAGCUGGACAGCAUCCUGUCGGCCCUCGAGCCGCUCCACCGCCCCAUCGAGGUCCCCGGGGGUUCUGUGCUGCUCCGAGAGCUCGCCACCGCCGGUCAUGUGACCGACGCCACGCUAUCGGCCCGCGCCACGCCACUGCUGCACGCGCUCACUGCCGCACACGCUUAUAUCCUGAUGUUCGUGCACACCUGCAGGGUAGGGCAGAGUGAGAUCAGGGCCAUCAGUGUGAACCAGUGGGGCUCCCAGCUGGGUUUGAGUGUUCUCAACAAGCUGAGCCAGCUCUACUGCUCUCUGGUCUGGGAGAGCACCGUGCUGCUGUCUCUCUGCACACCCAAUAGUCUCCCCCCAGGCUGUGAGUUCGGCCAGGCUGACAUGCAGAAGCUGGUUCCCAAGGAGGAGAAGCCAUCUGGCAGCACCACAUCCACCGCUUCUGCCUCUGGAUCCAGGAGAACUGCUGAGGCUGAGGCUGUUGCUGUGGACCCCUCUGCCACGUGUCUCCUAGAGGGGAUGGGGUUGGACGGGGACACGCUAGCCCCCAUGGAGACUGACGAGCCCACCGCCGGCACCUCUGACCCCAAGACCAAGUCCAAACUAACCCCCGCCAUGGCCACUCGCAUCAAGCAGAUCAAACCCCUGCUCUCUGCGUCGUCUCGUCUGGGCCGGGCUCUGGCCGAGCUCUUUGGUCUUCUGGUGAAGCUGUGUGUGGGUUCUCCAGUCCGACAGCGCCGCUCUCACCACGCCACCAGCACCGGCACAGCCCCCACCCCUGCCGCCCGGGCCACCGCCUCCUCCCUCACCAAGCUGCUAACCAAGGGCCUCAGCUGGCAGCCCCCGCCGUACACCCCUACCCCUCGUUUCAGGUACUCUACUGUUACCCCUACCCCUCGUUUCAGGCUGACGUUCUUCAUCUGCUCGGUGGGCUUCACGUCCCCCAUGCUGUUUGACGAGAGGAAGUACCCCUACCACCUCAUGCUGCAGAAGUUCUUCUGCUCGGGAGGACACAACGCACUCUUUGAGACAUUUAACUGGGCCCUUUCUAUGGGUGGUAAGGUGCCUGUCUCUGAGGGCCUGGAGCAUGCAGAGCUGCCAGAUGGGACAGGGGAGUUCUUGGAUGCCUGGCUGAUGCUGGUGGAGAAGAUGGUGAACCCCAGUACUGUGCUGGACUCACCCCACAGCCUGCCUGUCAAGGUUCCCGGGGUCACCCCCACCACCCCACAGUUCAGUGCCCUGCGAUUCCUCAUAGUCACUCAGAAGGCAGCGUUCAGCUGCAUCUGCAGCCUGUGGAACAGAAAGCCCCUUAAAGUGUACGGGGGCCGCAUGGCUGAGUCCAUGUUAGCUAUACUGUGCCACAUCCUGAGAGGAGAACCUGUCAUCCAGGAGCGCCUCGCCAAGGAGAGGGAGGGCACAACCCGUCCAGAGGAGGAGGGAGGUCUUGGGGCCUCUACGCUGCCUGUAGGCCCCAGCUCUGGAGGCACAGGUGGGUCAGCAGGGGCCCCUGGAGCAGCAGUAAAUGCAGGAGAGGGCCCUGCCGGGUCAGUUCCAGGACCAGCCAUUGGAAGCAGUACAGCACCAUCUGCACCAGGGGGUGCAGCAGAGGACUCCACUAACACCACUCCCAGGAGAGAGCCACCGGUUAACCAGGCUCAGCUACAGCAGGCUCAGGGAGGAGGCAGGGAGAGGCAGCCAAAUGUCAACCAGCAGCAGCUACAGCAGCUAAUGGACAUGGGUUUCUCCAGAGAGCAUGCCAUGGAGGCCCUGGUGAACACUAGCACCAUGGAGCAGGCCACAGAGUACCUGCUCACACACCCUCCUCCUCUACUCAGCGGAGCCGUCAGGGACAUGACCAUGUCAGAGGAGGACCAGAUGAUGAGAGCCAUCGCCAUGUCUCUGGGACAAGAGGUCAGCAUGGAACAGCGCUCUGAUUCACCCGAGGAGGCGGCGCGUCAUCGCGAGGAGGACGAUAGGAGAGCCCGGGAGCGUACGGAGGAGGAGGAGGCUCGCUGCCUGGAGAGGUUCCUGGAGGCCGAGCCCCUGGACAGUACGGAGCUCCACGCCUUCACUGACUCCAUGCUGCCCGGCUGCUUCCACCUGCUGGACGAGCUGCCAGACACCGUCUAUCGCCUCUGUGACUUGCUCAUGACCGCCAUCAAGAGGAGUGGUCCCGAGUACAGGGACCUCAUCUUACGACAGGUGGUCAACCAGGUGUGGGAGGCAGCAGACGUGCUCAUCAAGGCAGCAAUACCCCUGACCACCAGUGACACCAAGACUGUGUCCGAGUGGACCAGACAGAUGGCUACCCUGCCCCAGGCCUCCAACCUGGCAACACGCAUCCUGCUGCUCACACUGCUCUUUGAGGAGUUGAAGCUGUCGUGUGCCAGGGUGGUGGAGAACAGUGGGAUCCUCAAUGUGCUCAUCAAGCUGCUAGAAGUAGUGCAGCCCUGUCUUCAGGCUGCCAAGGAGCAGAAGGACAUCCAGACACCCAAGUGGAUCACUCCAGUGCUGCUGAUCAUUGACUUCUAUGAGAAAAUGGCUGUUUCAUCCAAACGCAGAGCGCAGAUGAACAAGUACCUGCAGCCCAACGGUAAUAACUGGCGUUGGUUUGACGACCGGUCGGGUCGCUGGUGCAGCUACUCUGCCUCUAACAACGGCACUAUAGACUCAGCCUGGAGGGCCGGGGAGAGCAGCGUCCGAUUCACCGCGGGACGCAGGAGAUAUACCGUACAGUUCAACACCAUGGUCCAGGUGAAUGAGGAGACGGGUAACCGUCGUCCUGUGAUGCUGACGGUCCAGAGAGUGCCUCGCGUUCCUAAACCUGCCAAAACUGGCAGCAUGACGGACUCUGAGAAGGAGGAGGGGGACAGGGGCAAGGCAGAGGAGACAGAGACAGACCCAGACUCUGCCCCAGUAGCUGUGGAGAUGAGUGCUCCUAAAGAUGACAACACUACCCCUCAACUAAAGGAGUCCUUCUCUGGUCCUUCUGCUCCUCCUGCCCCCCCUCCUGCAGCCCCCCUGGACCCCACGUCUGAACGCACCGGGGCAGGAGGAGCCAUCGUGGUGCAGGGCCUGACAGAGGACAUGACCACGGUGCUCAUCAGAGCCUGUGUAUCUAUGAUCAGUGUCCCCGUGGACCCAGACACCCUCCACGCCACACUAAGGCUGUGCCUGCGCCUGACGAGAACCCACCACUACGCCAUGAUGUUUGCUGAGCUGAAGAGUACCAGGAUGAUCUUGGGGCUGACGCAGGGGUCAGGGUUCAACGGCUUCACGCCGCUCGUCACCCUACUGUUCAGACACAUCAUCGAGGACCCUGCCACGCUACGACACACCAUGGAGAAGGUGGUGCGGUCAGCAGUGACCAGUGGGGCGGGCAGCACCACGUCAGGUGUGGUAUCAGGCUCUCUGGGCUCCAGAGAGAUUAACUACAUCCUGCGCGUUCUGGGCCCGGCCGCCUGUCGGAACCCAGACUGCUUCGCAGACACUGCCAACAGCUGCGUCCGCAUCGCCCUACCGGCACCCCGCGGCGCUGGUACGGCGUCAGAUGAUGAGUUUGAGAACCUGCGUAUCAAGGGGCCCAACGCGGUGCAGCUGGUGAAGACCACCCCCCUCAAGCUGUCUCCGCUGCCCCCCAUCCCUGACACCAUCAAAGAGGUCAUCUAUGACAUGCUCAAUGCCCUCGCCGCCUACCACGCACCUGAAGAGGCUGAGCGUCCAGAGGAGCCUGCUGUGGCGGUGCCCGGGGGGCAGGACCUGUGUCAGAUACUCCAGGAUGAUGAUGUCUACCAGCAGUACAGACUCACCAGACAGGGCAGUGACUUCGACUCACAGUCCGCUUUCCACAUCAACGCCCAGGUGUUUACUGCAGAUGGUACUGUGGCUGACUCCUCUCAGUCUGGCACACCCCAGGGAGAAGGUGAGGCACUCCCUCCCUGCUCUUCACCUCCAGCCUCUACUGCCUCUACUCCAGAGGAAAUGCGUGAGGAGAAGAAGGAGGUGGAGGGUGAGAACGGAGCUAGUUCAGAGGAGGGUAAGGGGGCCAAGGCUAAGGCCUCCAAGCCCCUGAUGCCCACCUCCACUAUCCUGCGUCUCCUGGCAGAGCUGGUCAGGUCCUAUGUGGGCAUCGCCACCCUCAUAGCAUCCUACUGCUACACGGCCGGACAGUCUGAGCUCAUCAAGGAGGACUGUAGUGUCUUAGCCUUCGUGCUGGACCACCUGUUGCCCCACACCCAGAGCUCUGAGGAUAAGGACUCCCCUGCCCUGGCACGUCUGUUCCUGGCCAGCUUGGCAGCUGCCGGCACAGGCACCGACGCACAGGUGGCUCUGGUCAACGAGGUGAAGGCCGCACUCAGCCGGGCGCUGGCCAUGGCAGAGGGCACGGAGAAACACGCCAGGCUCCAGGCAGUGAUGUGUAUCAUCAGCACCAUCAUGGAGUCGUGUCCAUCCACCUCUAGCUUCUACAGCACGGCGGCAGCCAAGACGCAGCACAACGGCAUGAACAACAUCAUACGCCUCUUCCUCAAGAAGGGACUGGUUAACGACCUGGCUAGAGUACCACACAGCCUCGACCUGUCCAGUCCUAACAUGGCCAACACGGUGAAUGCAGCUCUGAAACCCCUGGAGACUCUGUCCCGUAUCGUCAACCAGCCCAGCAGCUUGUUUGGAGGGAAGGGGGGAUCCAGCAAGAACAAGGCUGAGCAUGACACUGUGGGAGCCGCCAGGGACUCAAACAGCAACACACAAGGUGACUCGGGUGAGGUUGAGGGGACUCUGGUCGAGGGCAGUCACAGGGUCCAAGGGACAGACAGUGACCUGAUGGAUGGAGAGACGGAGGGAGACACAGUGGUCAUCGCUGGACAGCCGGAGGUGCUCAGCACCACAGCCAUGCAGGUAGAGAACGAGCUGGUGGAUCUGAUAGACGAGCUGCUGGAGAGAGAUGCUGGCGCCGUCAACAGCUCCAUUAUCGUGGGGCGUGGUAGCGGUGAGGACGAAUCACAAGAGGACGUGUUGAUGGAUGAGGCGCCAUCCAAUAUCAGUCAGGCUUCUACUCUACAGACCAACAGAGAAGACUCUAUGAACAUCCUGGAGCCUGAGGAUGAGGAGCACACGCAGGAGGAAGACUCCAGCGGCAGCAAUGAUGAUGAAGACAGCCAAGAUGAAGAGGAGGAGGAAGAAGAGGAAGAGGAGGAGGACCAGGAUGAUGAAGAAGGUGACGAGGAUGAUGAUGAUGAAGGGUCUGAGAUGGAGCUGGAUGAAGAUUUCCCAGACAUCAACGCUGCGCCGCACAUCCGUUUCGAGAGGUUUGACCGUGACGAUGAUCUAAUCAUCGAGUUUGACAACAUGUUCUCCACCACCGCUGACAUCCCUCCCUCCCCAGGCAACAUCCCCAGCUCCCACCCCCUGAUGGUGCGUCACGCCGACCACGGCUCCUUAACGCUGGGCGGAGCUGGCACCAACAACCGUCUAGCGCAAGGCAUGGGUCGCAGCCAGAGAACGCUACGCCAGCUCACUGCCAACACGGGCCACACGAUACACGUCCACUACCCUGGGAACAGACAGCCCAACCCCCCACUCAUCCUGCAGAGACUGCUGGGUCCCAGUGCUGCAGCAGACAUCCUGCAGCUGUCUAGCUCUCUGCCACUGCAGUCCCGCGGCCGUGCCCGACUCCUGGUGGGCAACGAGGAUGUGCACAUCAUCGCCCGAUCUGACGACGAGCUACUGGACGACUUCUUCCACGAGCAGAGCAGCACCGGAGGACAAGCAGGCACUCUGUCCAGUAUCCCCACUGCCUUAACCCGAUGGACUGAUGAGUGUAAAGUGCUGGAUGCUGAGAGCAUGCACGACUGUGUCGCAGUGGUGAAGGUUCCUAUCCUGCAGCACCUGGAGACGCUGAGAGACGAGGAGCUGGAGGAGAGGAGGGAAAAAAGACGGAGACAGCUGGCUGAGGAAGAGGAGGCCAAGCAGAACGACAGAAGGACAGGAGGAGAGGAGACCAGGGAACAGAGUCUACAGGGCUCAGGACUGGGGACGGUCAACGGUGCUGCUGGAGAGACCACUGCUGAAGGUGAGCCCCAGGGCAGUGGGGUGUCCUGUCUGGAUCCCCCCAGGGUCUCAGAAGGCUUCCUCACCGCGCCCCCUUCAGGAGAGGUCACCCCCACCACCCAAGCCCCCAACGAACAGGCCCUGGUCUCCCUGGAGACCGCCAUCAGCCAGCAGGUCCACCAGCCAAUCGCAGAUCUGCUCCUGGCCGAGUCGCACGCCAAUUCGCUGGCCACACUGGCGGGGGCGGGUCUUCCUGACCUGGCGGCUUCAUCCGAGAGGCUGAACUGUGAAGCUGAGGCAUCCCAGAUGGAAAUGUCCCCGGCGCCCCCUAUUGCCUCCCUGAGUCCAGACAUCGUGGAGACCUCUGAGCCUGCAGCGGUGGGCGUCUCACAAUUGGAAGGGUCUCCCAUGGAUACCAGUAGCCCCGCCUCUGCCACACAGGAAGAGUCCAACCCUGCCCAGGCUGUCCAUCUGUCUGGGAGUGGAGACAGCGGGCUGACGGACACGCACACAGACGCAGAGACCGGCUCCACCACUGUCUCUCCCCCUGGAGAGACCAUUCCCCUGAGUGAUCGUGCCAACAGCCAAUCCCAGGCCAUCCAGGAAGAGCCACUCCCAUCCACCAGCAAUGAGGAUGAGGACCCACUGGCAGGCAUCAGUUUACCAGAGGGUGUAGACCCGUCCUUCUUGGCUGCUCUUCCAGAGGACAUCCGUCGUGAGGUGCUCCAGAACCAGUUGGGUAUCCGACCCCCGGUGCGCCCCCCUGUCUCCUCCACCCUCCCCUCCACCACCACACCAGUACUAGGAGGACCCGGGGUCACGGAGGUCAGCCCUGAGUUCCUGGCUGCCCUGCCACCCGCCAUACAGGAGGAGGUGCUAGCGCAGCAGAGGGCAGAGCAGCAGCGUAGAGAGCUGUCCCAGCAGCCCACGCAGGGCGACACUCCACUGGACCCUGUCACCUUCAUCCAGACCCUCCCCUCGGAGCUGCGUCGCUCUGUCCUGGAAGAUAUGGAGGACAGCGUGCUGGCAGUGAUGCCCCCGGACAUCGCCGCCGAGGCAGCCGCGCUGCGCCGCGAGCAGGAGGUGAGUGCUCGUCAGAGACAGCUGAUGCACGAGAGGCUAUUUGGCCAUAGUUCAAGCUCAGCCCUGUCGGCCAUCUUGAGGUCACCUGCGUUUACCAGCCGCCUGGGGGGAAACCGAGGAGUACAGUACACCCGCCUAGCCGUGCAGAGAGGAGGGACCUUCCAGAUGGGAGGAGGGGCCAACCACAGCAGGCCGUCUAGUUCCAGUGUGGACUCUCUGCUGCGUCUGCGUGGUCGUCUGCUCCUGGACCACGAGGCCUUGUCCUGUCUCCUGGUCCUCCUCUUCGUAGACGAACCCAAACUCAACACCAGCCGUCUGCACCGUGUGCUCCGCAACCUGUGCUACCACUCCCAGACGCGUGGUUGGGUCAUCCGCAGUCUCCUCUCCAUCCUGCAGCGUAGCAGCGAGAGUGAGGUGUGUGUCGAGACCACCCGCCUGGAAGAUGCCAGAGGCAAGCGGACUGCCGGCAGUCAGGGAGGUUACGGAGGGAGUAAAGGAUCUACGACCACAGCUACCUCCUCCCUAUCCUCCUCUUCCUCCUCCUCUCUGGAGUUGAUCAACAGGGUGGAGUCUCGUAGCUCCUCCCAGCUCUCUUGGCUGUCCGUUUCCAUGGACGCAGCUCUAGGCUGCCGCACAAACAUUUUCCAGAUCCAACGGGUGUCGGGGAGGAAGCACGCUGAUCGGCACUCUGCUGGGGGGACGUCAGGAGGGUCCGGGGGGACCCUGGGAGGAGGGGUACAGGGGGUUACAGCUGGGGUGACGUGUGCAGGGGGAGGUGGGUCGACUGUACACAUCCACCCCCAAGCCGCCCCGGUGGUCUGUCGACACGUACUGGAUACUCUUAUCCAACUGGCCAAGGUGUUCCCCAGUCACUUCACCCAGCAGCGCUGUAAGGACCUGCUCUCCUCCUCCACCUCUGAUCUGGAUUCCCGUCUGUGUGCUGCUGCCUCCAUCGUUACUGCAGGAGGAGGCUCUAGAUCUACCCAGACUAACACCUGCUCCACUCCCUCCUUAGCCCAGAACUCCCUGGGCGGGGUUGCCUGUGGAACGGCCAACACCCCCCAGUCCCUGGGCAUCUCCACCGACUUCUGGGACCUGCUGGUGAAACUGGACAACAUGAAUGUGUCAAGGAAAGGCAAGGCCUCCAUGAAGACUGUUCCCCUAGGUGCAGGAGGGGAGGCCGAGGGGGCUCAGUACAGUCUGGAGGCCUCUCCGCUGGGCCAGCUGAUGAAUAUGUUGUCCCACCCAGUGAUACGACGCUCCUCCCUGCUAACUGAGAAGCUGCUGCGUCUCCUGUCCCUCAUCUCCAUCGCCUUGCCUGAUAAUAAGGCUACUGAAGUCCCAGCUGGACACCCGACGCCGCAGUCUACCACUGCCGGAGCUGGCAAUCCCACCAGUGCAGCAGCAACAGCCUCAGCCUCUGCUCAGGGGACCACUGUAGGGGUGGUAGUUCCAGCUCAGGGUUCAUCUUCCACAGCUAUAGUGUCCAUACCCACCUCUACUGGAGCCAGCGCAACCGGGAAGCAUCGAGCAACAGUGCUCUGUAUUGAAAGUGACACCAAGCUUGCCUCCACUGGACUCACUGAGAAACAACUGCAGCUCUCUGUCGAGGUGCUGACCAGUCACUCGUGUUCAGAGGAGGGUCUGGAGGAUGCAGCUAACAUCCUGCUCCAGCUGUCCAGAGGAGACGGAACCACCAGAGACACUGUACUGCGUCUGUUGCUGAGUGGAGCUAGACACCUGGGACACACACUUUGCAAACAGAUUGGCACGUUAUUGGCCGAGCUGCGGGAGUACAACCUAGAGCAGCAGAGGAGAGCCCGGGCUGACGCCCAGUCACCUGACGCCCCUGCCGAGGACACCUCCAUCUCCGCCAGGCUGAAGGCCGGCAAGCUCUCUAGCAGACGGGGGCGCAGGUUCGACGGCUCUGAGAGCGUGGUGAUUGUGGCUGCCCAGAAGCGUACGCUGGGCGGACGGGAGCUGCAGCUGCCCUGCAUGUCCUCCCUGACCUCAAAGACAUCCACCCAGAAGUUCUUCCUGCGGGUCCUGCAGGUCAUCAUCCAGCUCCGUGAGGACACGCGCCGCGCCAACAAGAAGGCCAAGCAGACCGGGCGACUUGGCUCUACCAGUCUGGGUCUUCUGUAACUGGUCUCUCCUGUGUGUCCAGGCUCUACCAGUCUGGG